AACAUGAUUUUGCUUUGAAGCUGUGGUGAUUCAAGCACUUCAGAAACACGGGGACUAUAACAUUUCUUUCUCUAUGGAUCAAGCAAUUCUUCUGCUGCUUUUAUUAAAAUGUUUGUUUAAGGGUUUAGAGUGUCUUGACUGUGACCAAGGGAAAAUGCCUGCUAGAGCAGUUUCGAUAGAGUGGACUGAAUUGCCCAAAGGGGAGGAUCCAGACUACUAUAUUGUGACAUACCAGCAAACAGAUGCUUUCAGUCAAAAAAUUGUAAGAAACAUUUCUAAAGUUGAACAGGAACCUGUUAGUACUACAGUUCUGCUUGAGGAAAAUAAGAAGUAUGAUAUAACAAUAGAAUCUCUAAAGAAUGGGCAAAUCUUAAGUGUAAAAUCAUUUAAGACACGUGGAAUUUCAGAAAAUUGCAUAAAAACAUUUGUAACAGCUACUACAGUGUCUUUUAACUGGAGUAUGGUGACCAAAGAAUUUUCAGUUUCUGUUUUACUGAACGGUACUUCUGAGAUUAUAAAAAGACCCAGUGGAUUCUUUGUAUGGAGAAAUUUGACACCUGCCACCUUAUAUACAUUCAAGUUUAUAUUUGAGCAAUUACAUCUUGAAUUUGUAAAUGUGUCUCAGUCACUGGAUGUUCAAGCCGAAACAGGCACCUGUUCCCAAGGGUGGGUGGCAUUCCAAAGCAGCUGCUAUCGAAUGGGUAAGGAGAGCAAGCCAUGGAAAUCAGCACAACAAACCUGUCAAACGUCUUCUCAAGGGGCACAUCUUCUUGACAUAGGGAGUGAAGAAGAAUAUGGUUUUAUGUUGUCAUAUCUCCAGAAAAUUAGUCGAAUAAUCAUGAUAUGGACAGGUCUUAAUGACUUAAAGGAAGAAGGUCAGCUCUUGUGGACAGAUGGAUCUCCUUAUCUUCUAAAAGCUGGCAUCUCAUCUUUGUCAAUGAUACCAGAAAACCAAACUGACUGCUAUGUCCUUCAGAGAGAUCCUACUGGUCCAGAUUAUUUCUUCACAGGAUUUUUCUGCUAUGUACAGCUGCCAUAUAUUUGUGAAUAUGAAUUACCUUUGGUACCAGAGAACAUCACGUUUAGUGUGCAUGAUGUCAAGACAACUGAAGCUGCAUUUAUGUGGAGUGAUAUGGGCAUGUGGCUUAAGUCAGGCUUUGCACUUAUAAUCAAGUACUAUUUUGAUCAGGGGAAACCAUACAUUCUGAACUUGCCUGUUAAUACAACUCAAACAAAAAUUGUGCACUUGUCUCCUGGCCUUCACUAUAGUUUUUUAUUAGCAGCAAGGAACUCAGAAGGAGCACAGUCUGUCUUAAGUCCAAUUCUGAACGUAGAAACAAGACCCUUGCACUCCCAGAAGUUAGAGGCUACAUAUGUUUCAUCUGCAGAAAUACAUUUAAAAUGGAAUCCUCCACAGCAUUCAUCCAGUGUUUCUUUUCAUUACUACCUUGUCAACGUGUUGGAUACUGAAACCAACAUCUGGGAACAGUUGCCAGUUGAAAAAAGCAAGACUUCAAUAGUCAUACGAAAUAUAAAACCUUAUCAUCACUAUCAGGUAUAUUUACAGAACGUAGCAGAGAAAGGAACUCUCAGCUGCCAUGAGAAACCUAUAUUAGUCACAACAGGUGAUGUAUCCAUUUUUUAA